AUUUUAAUUAAGAAUAAUUUGUAAUUAAAUUUUUAUUAUCUAAACAAUAAGAAAAAAAUACCAAGUUUAAAAAGCACAUUUUCAAUUCAAUCUAUUAGAGAAAUUAUUAUAUAUGUAUAUGUAUGAAUUUAACAUAAUAUAUAUAGCUCUAACUACUGUAAGAAUAAAAACAAUAUAUGUAUGAAAUUAAAACAUUAGGAAUAAGAAUUUCUCAAAAAGUUCAGAAUUAAACAAUCAAAGAUAUGGGUAAAAACUAUUCAUUAAAAACUUCAUCUAAAGUAAAAAUGGAUAAAUAUGAUAAUACAAAAAGCACUGAUGAUGCAAAUAGUUUGAAAUAUGAAGAUCAAAUAUGCAAUGAUAUGUUAUUAUAUCCAGAAAGUUUAUUCGGUAAUAAUGAUGAUAGUAAAGAGGAUUUAGAUGAACAAAUGAUGAAAUCUACAAAACAUGUACGUCAUAGAAAACGUAAACUUUAUAAUCAAGUUAGAGAACAAAUGGAAUUUUAUUUCUCUGACGCAAAUUUAACCAAAGAUCGUUUUUUAAUGCAAAUAAUACGUGAAGAUCCAUAUGUACCAUUGGAAAUCUUUUUAAAUUUUAAUAAAAUAAAAAAAUUAAUCAAAACAACUGGUGAAUUAAUAAAAGCAUUAUCAUCAUCGAAUAAACUUGAAUUAAAUGAUGAUAAAACGCGUGUAACACGUAUUAAACCUCUAAUUGACGUAGAUGAGAAUCGUGAUGGGAUUGAUGCUAGAACAAUAUAUGUUGAAUCUUUACCAGCAAAUGCCGAUCAUGAAUGGGUAAAAAAAAUUUUUGAACAUGCAUCAAAUGAUGGUAAAGUUACAUAUGUUUCAUUACCAAAAUAUAAACAUUCAAAAAAAUUAAAAGAAUUUGGUUUCGUUGAGUUUGAAACAAUUGAUAUGGCAGAAAAAUGUUUAAAAACAUUUCAAGAAUUUAAUGGUCUUUUAAAUUAUGAUAAUAUCGAACCAAUAAAUUUAUUAAGUAUAACAACGUAUAUAAAAGAAAAUAACGUUACUAAAAAUAUUAAUGAUAUUAAAAAAGAGAAAUUUAUAAAAGAUGAUGACUGUGAUGAACCAAAAAAUAAAAGAAUAAGAUUAGAUAUCGAUGAAAAUCAAUUACGUAAAAAUGAUAACGCAAAUAUUUGUAAUAGCAAUAACAAUAGUAUCAAUAAUAAUAUUACUAAUAAUACAAAUAAUAUUGAUGAUGAUGACAUGGAAUCAUGUGAAGCUAAUGAGAGUGACAAAGAAUUAAAUGAUUUGAGUGGUAAUAAAAGAAAAAAAUUACGUAAAAAAAAGAAAAAAGAUAAAAAAAAUAAAAAUUUAAUCAAAUCUAAUGCAGCAAGUAAUACAACUAUCAAUAAUAAUUCAUCAUUAAUUCAUUCAAGGCCUUUAAAUUUGGAAGUUGAUUUAAAGGAUUUAAAAAUAUUACCAAAACGUGAUUGGAAAAGAUUGCGUAAUAGAUAUUUGAAUUUACAGCGAGAGAAAAUUAACAAUUUAAAGAAGAAGAAUUGGCAACGAAAUAAUGAUAUUUCAAAAGGAAAUCCCAACAAAAAGCAAAUUGCUGCAGUUAAACAUAUUGGUCGACUCAAUCAACAAAUAGCAGCAUCCACAUCACUACAACAAUCAACACAGUUAAAUAAAUCUGUUUCAACAUCAUCAUCAUCAUCAUCAAUAUCUGUGCAAAAUAUAACAUCAUCAUCGAAUCAAAAUAAUAUUACAUCUGUUAUGCCAUUGUCAACGUUAACAUCGUCACCACCAUCAUCUGUUUCAUCAUCUGCAGUACCUAAUCCAAAUGCUGGAAAAUCUUCAAUUAUUGUACCAGUAGUAUCUUCAUCGGCAUUAGUUACAUCGUCAACAUCAUCAUCAUCACCAUCGUCACCGAUAACAAGCAUUAAAACAACAUCAACAAUAUCAAACAAUAAUAAUAUAACUAAUAAUAAUAACAGUAUUGUUAAUAAUAAUAACAACAAUAAUAAUAAUAAUAUAAAUAAUAGUAAUAAUUGUAAUAACAAUAUAAAUAACAAUAAUAACAGUAAUAAUAAUAAUAAUAUAAAUAAUAAUAAUAAUUGUAAUAAUAAUAAUAACAAAAAUAAUAGUAACAAUAAUAAUAAUAAUAAUAAUAAUAGUAAUAAUAAUAAUAACAACAAUAGUAAUAACAGCAACACUCAAACACAGCAAUUAAUUGUAAUAAAUGGUAAAAAUUUUGACUUAAAAAAAUCACCACAUAUGAAUUUUUAUCGGGUUAAUAAAGAGAUUGAUGGGGCAUUAUAUGAUGAAGAUGAAAAUGAUAGUCAAUCAAAUGAUACAUCAUCAUUGGAUUCACCUGGUAUAAAUUCACCAUAUUCAAUGAUAUUAGAAAAAAGACGUAAAUUAUUGAGUCCAAUCACAAAUAGUACAAAAACAAUUGAAAUAAAAAGAAAUAAUAUUGCAUUGGAAAAAAAUCCAUUGUUUCAAUUUGAACCAGGAAUUAUUAUUAAAAUUGAAUUUAAUAAUGUUAUAAUUGACGUAAAAAAAUUUAAAAAUGAUAUUAAACAACAAUAUAACAUCGAUGAUGCAAUUAAGUAUAUUGAUAUUAAAGAAGGUUACAAUAUCGUACACAUUAGAUGUGGUACACCAAAAAAUUCACAAUUAUUAUUAACAAAAUUUUUGAAUAAUAAAUUGAAUUUAAAAUUUAAUAACUGUGAAAUCAUUUACGGUACAGAGGAAAGUAAAUAUUGGGAUAAAAUAAUGGAAGAUCGUGAUAUGAAAUUAAAUAAAAGAAUUGUAAUUAAAACAAAACGCGGCCGUGAAAAGAUAACAAAAUUAAUAUCAAAUCAUAUUAGAUUUGUUGAUGAUGAUGACUGACAAAAGUUUAAUAAUAAUAACAAUAAUAAUAAUUAUAAUAAUAAUAAUAACAAUAAUAACAAUAAUAGUAAUAAGAAUAAUAAUAAUUGUAAUAAUAAUAAUAAUAAUAAUAAUAAUAAUAAUAAUAAUAAUAAUAAUAAUAAUAAUAAUAAUGAUAAUAAUAAUACUAAUAAUAAUAAUAAUUAUAACAAUAGUAAUAAUAAAAGUAAUAACAAUGAUAAUUGUAUUAAUGAUGAUAAUUGUAAUAUGA